AUGCAGGGUGACGACGAUGACACCGGCGCACACGCGCUGCUCGGGCAGGCGCGCGUGGACGUCUUUGCUGUAGAGCUGUGCGACGCACCUGAGGCGCUGCCGAUUAGACAUGGGGAGCUUUCAGGCUUCCACCUGAUCCCCCUGCCGCUCACAAGCGCCGCCCUGAGCCCCGGCGGCAGCCGCGCAACGCCGCCUGCUGGGGGAGCGCCGCCGCCGUCGGCGGCUGAGGCGCUGGCGGCGGCGCGUGGCACGGCGCGGCAGCGGGCCAGCGGCAGCGGCAGCAGCGGCUGCUGCGGCCCGCUGGAGGCGGCGCUGGUGCCGGCGGCAGGCGGCGGCACGCAGCUAGCUGCGAUACGGGUGCUGCGGGCGGCGGCCCCGACCAUGUUCAUCGUUUGCUGCCACCCAGACGCCACAGAGGACCCGGCCCUCCGCGUCUCCGCCUUCGCCGCCGGCGCCAACAUGGCAACCGCCAGCGCCGCCGCCGCCGCGCGCGCUCUGGCGCGCGUCGCGCGCACUCAGCUGGGCGGGGCCCUGGCCUGCGCCUGGUGCGGGCUGGCCGGGCUGACGCUGCGGGGGUACUGGGAGCACCAGCCACUGUACCACAUUUACGCAGAGAACCUGGAGGGAAGCUGCCCGGUGUGCGGCAGGGUGACGUCGAACCUGGCGCGCCACCUGCACGAGGUUCAUCCUCCUGCUGGCUGCGAGGCUGAGGAGCGCACCGGCGUGUUUGCGCUGGCGGUGGUGCGGCGGCCGCGGGACGGGAAGUUUCUGGUGACUCAGGAAUUCGCGGGGCAGGGCUUCUGGCUGCCCGGCGGCGGCGUCGACCCCGGAGAAAGCCUCACAGCCGCCGCGCUGCGGGAGACGGCGGAGGAGGCCGGCGUGGCGAUCGAAUUGAAGGGGGUGCUCUGCUGCGAGAGCCAUGUGCGCGGCCAGUGGCGGCGCGUCAUCUUUUACGGGGAGCCGCUAGAGGAUGACGCGGGUGGCCUGGGUGCGGCCGAAACAUCUGCUGCGGCUGCCGCCGUCGGUGGCGGCGGUGGAUAUGCGGGAGGUAGUGUCCUGGCUGCCGACGCCAGUGGCUGGGAUGGCGCCAGAGCUGCUGCUGCAGAUGCGUUGAAGCGGGUGGCAGCCGCGGAACGGCCUAGCAGUAGCAGUCGCGUCCUGAGCAGCAGCCUGCCCGCGCCGCGCGACAGCCCCAAGAGUGUCCCGGAUUUCGAGAGUGCAGGGGCGUGCUGGGCGUGCCUGGAACAGCUGGAGGGCGGCCGCGUGCCGCUGCGCAGCGUUAGCGAGCUGGCGUGGUUCUGGGAAGUGGCUUGGGGACGGGCUGUGGCGCCGCUGGCAAUGCCAACAGAGUGGGCUGAGGCUUUUCAGGAUGUGCCAUUUUGA